UCGCUUCAUUCGUUUAGCGCUGACGUGACAGUUGAUUUGUUUGAUUAAAAUAAAUAGAAAAGAGAGCCAAAGAGUGAAAUUCAAUUAUACAUAAAUCAAUCAAUCAAAGCGGGCGCUACCACUACACACAGAGUGUCCCUGAUUGGUCCCCCACUGGCCGAGAGACAUCGGCGCAGGACGUGAAGAGCUUGCAGAAGCCUGCCAAAGUGAAGCUGCUCGGUGAAAUUUUGUGGUUGGGACACUGCUGCUGCUGCUGUUGGAGGCGCCCCGCCCCCACCCACAGUCGUAUCCAUCCCCCAGCUCCCUGCCGCCACACACCCAACAACACAAGAUGCUGUGUAUACAAUAUUAGCGAUUAUUGAGAAAGUACGCGCAGCCACACACAUACAAUACAAUACACACAUGCACAGACCAGUGGAAAUCCGCCUUAGGACCGUGUGUGCCGGCAAAAGAUUUUUUCGCUGAAUUAUUUAUGCCUUUAUAAACAAUUCCACCCCACCCCACACCCCACGGUAGAAGGUCAAACAAACGGAGAAUAGUUUGUGUGUUCUAGCGAAUGAGCAGAUAGAUUUCCCCGCAGCCCAAGUGCCAGUUAUAGUUUGGAGCUUGCAAUGGCAACAAGUAGAAGCGAAAGCAGGCUAGUGCCGGACGCAGCGCAGCUGCUGCAGCAGGAGCUCCAGCCCCGUCAUCAGCCAAAUGGGAACACAACCUCCGCAACAACAACAACAACAACAGCAGCAGCAACGAACGGCAAGGCGACAACAGCAUCCACCAUGUUGGCCAAUUCGGGUACUUUUAUGAAAUUUAAAACAUAUCUGCUGGCCCUGCGUCCUUGGUCGCUGUCCGCCAGUCUGGUGCCCACGCUGCUGGGCUCUGCUUUGGCCUAUCGCUCCCAGUGGGCGUCGGAAUUCUCGCUGCUCACCUUCUUCCUCACCGCCUUCACCGCGGUCACGGUCCACUGUGCCGGUAAUGUGGUUAACACCUAUUUCGAUUUCAUCAAAGGCAUUGACAAGCAGAAGGCUGACGAUCGCACACUGGUCGAUCACAUACUCACCAAGGAUGAGGUGGUUUCGCUGGGUGCCAUCUUGUACAUGGCCGGGUGCGGGGGCUUUGUGCUGCUCGCCGUACUCAGUCCGGCCAAAAUGGAGCACCUGGCACUGAUCUACUUUGGUGGUCUAUCGUCGAGCUUUCUGUACACGGGUGGCAUUGGUUUCAAAUACAUUGCCCUGGGCGAUCUGGUCAUCCUGGUGUUGUUUGGACCCAUCUCGGUGCUAUUCGCAUUCAUGUCACAAACCGGUCAUGUCGAUUGGACAACAAUGGGCUAUGCCAUACCGCUGGCCCUCAACACGGAGGCCAUACUCCACAGCAACAAUACACGCGAUGCGGAGAGCGAUCGCAAAGCGGGCAUUGUCACCCUGGCCAUACUCAUUGGACGCACUGCCUCGCAUGUGCUCUACGCCAUGCUGCUUUUUACACCCUACUCGCUGUUCUUCAUCUUUGGCCUGAAGUACUCACUAUGGUUCCUGCUGCCACUUGUCACCCUGCCGCAGGCCUUUAAGAUCGAGAAGCGAUUCCGCAACGAGCAGACAAUGCAUCUGGUGCCACGGCAGACGGCCAAACUGAACUUUUUCUUUGGCAUCCUGUACAUUGUGGCCUGCUGCUGUGCCCAGCAGUUGCCCACGUUUGUGUUACGCAAAGUUUAGGAGAAGGGAGACGAUGAGAUCCACUGGGAGGUGAAGAAAUCAGAAAUCGCUGCAACAUUUUUAGGGAAUUUUAUAGUUUUUUAUAGUCAAUGUGGUGUAGCCUCUCGUCUCGUCCUGUCUCAUGAUUGUGUUCUAUGGAAAAGUAAGGAAAACUGAAAUGUAAUUUUGUGUCAAUUUUUGCGCAGAUUUUGAUGUUGCACAAACAAAAUUUCGAACGCUUGCUAGUCUCCCAAUUAGUCUCAAAAAAACAACCAUCACUUGGAACUGAA